AUGAGUUGGUGUAAAAUCAACUUUCAUAUGGCUGGAAGUAUGGAAGAAAUAGACGGAAAAAGCUAUUACAUUAAUGGAUUUGUGGAGGAAGGUGUUAUGGUUGAUAUGAAUAUUAUGUCUUGGAGUUUUGUGAAAGAUUUUGUUAAAUCUCAUAACAUAAGUGGUGCACUCAAAGAUGUGUGGUUUAAAUUACCAUAUGAGAGUUUGGAUGAAAAGAGACAUGUGGUGCAAGGAUGUGGGGAUAAUGAAAUGAAGUUAAUGUUUGAAAUGACAACCUUAUGUGGGGAGUUAGAUGUAUACAUAGACCACCAUAUAUCUCAGCCCACUCCAGUCAAGCAAAGGGUAGAUAGUUGGGUAUACGAUGAGUCUUCUGAUUAUAUGGAUGAAUUUAGGGAAUAUGAAAGUAGUGAUGAUGAUUUUGUUGAAGUUCCUGUUGUUGAUGAAGUUGAUGUUAUUGAAGAUGAAGAAGUGAAUUGGAGUGCGGAUUAUUUAGAUAGUGAUGAUCAUAUCCCCCUCACACCUGAAGGAACUGAUGAAGAAUGGGAUAAUUUUGACAAGCCUAAGACAAAGAUUCCGACAACAUUCCCGAGUAACGAGUUCUUAUAUCUUGGUAAACCUUUCAAUUCGGGUGAAGAAUUUAAGAAGGCGUUGUUUGACUAUGUGAUAAAUAAAAACUUCAACGUGAAGUUGUCCAGGUGGGAUCGAACAAAAUUGGCCGCAGUGUGUUGUAAUGUGGGCUGUCCAUGGAGGAUUUAUUGUUCGGUUGAGGUCUCAAUCAAUAAAUGGAUGAUCAAGAUCUAUAAAGACGAUCACAACCACAUUGCGGAGAAGUAUGCUAAUAUGCUAACGAUGAGGCAAAUAGCAAACUUGUACGUUGAGAAGAUUAGGGCUGAUCCGAGUUUUAAGGGGAAAAAGAUACAGGAUGAGAUACAACGGGAUCAUAAUCUGACAGUCUCGCUUACCAAGUGUUUCAAGGCUAGAAGUUUGGCCUUGAAAGUUGUUAGGGAAGAUCAAGAAGUCCAAUUUAGGAAAUUGUGGGACUAUGAGUUAGAGCUGCAACGUUCAAACCCCAAUACGAGUACUGAAAUCGGAACAAACGCAGCUUCGGGGCAGCAGGUGUUUCACAGAUUCUACGUAUGCUUCGAUGUCCUACGAGAGUCAUGGACAAGACAUUGUCGUCCGGUUAUCGGGUUAGAUGGAUGUUUCUUGAAGUGGGACUUUAAAGGGGAACUUCUUUCUGCAGUAGGUAGAGAUGCCAAUGACGGUAUUUAUCCAAUUGCUUGGGCUGUUGUGCGUAUCGAAGACACCGACAAUUGGACUUGGUUUGUUCGGAAAUUGAGGUUAGAUUUAGUUUGGGCGAUGGGUUUGGUGAAUGCCAUCGAAGGACAGUUACCUUUGGCUGAGCAUAGGAUGUGCACACGAUAUGUAUUUGCGAAUUGGAAGAAACAAUUCAAGGACCUCGAACUAAAACUUCUGUUUUGGAAGGCUGCCAAGAGCUACCUAGAAAGUGAGUUUCGUCAAUAUGUACGUGAUAUCCGAAUGUAUAACCCUUUGGCUUAUGAUGGUUUUAUGAGGGCCCAACCGAAGAAAUGGUGUCGUGCAUUUUUUAACCCGGACACUAAAUGUCAUGACGUUAACAACAACUUAUCGGAGAGUUUCAAUGGGUCCAUCAAAGAAGCGCGUAGCCGUCCCAUGAUUGAUAUGCUUGAAGAUAUUCGAAGGAGUACGAUGCGGAGGAUAGUGCGACGUGCAAGUCAAUCAGAAAGGUGCAAAACAGAGUUUCCUCCGAGAAUCAUGAAAGCUUUAGAGAAGUCUCGUGAGAAAUCUCGUCAUUGUUACAUCAUUCGGAGUGGACACGGAAAAUAUGAGGUGUCUGAGUUUGGGGAGUUAGUAGAGGUUCUCAUCGAGUGGGAAGGGUUGUCGAAGCACGAUGCGACAUGGGAGAUUGGGGAACUCUUCAACGCCCAGUUUCCGACAUUUAAGCUUGAGGACAAGCUUCGUCUUCAAGGCGGGGGUGUUGAUAAACCUUUCCGGGCUUACGUAAGGCGUCGGUCCAGAAAGAGAGGAGCUAAGGAUCAAGUCGAGGAGCAUGGAGGCAAACGAUUGGAGAGGAAGUUGAAUUAA